GCUUGUGGACGCGGCGGUGGCAGCGCAACACACCCGGACAACUUCAGAGCAAAGCGGCUGCCACUACACCUCAGAGCAGCCAUGUCGGAGCGAAGGAGGAUCUGUGGAUGUGACAGCGCUCAGCGGUACUUCUCCUGAGCGCGUUGUUUGUUUGUGCGCGCGUGAGAGCGACGGAGAGGGGCUCGCAUCCCAGCCCGUGUGGAUAUCGCCCUCAUGGACGGGCAACGGGGCUUUUACGAGAUGGAGAACCCGACGGAGAACCCCAGCAAGGCGGCGGAGUACCUACAGGAGCUAAACAAGAUCAUCGCGACCCAGCAGGGGCUGCUGGAGAAGCAGCGGGUCCGGAUCGAAGAGCUGGAGCUCCAGGUGAAGGAUCUUUGCAAGGAGAACGCCUGUCUGAAGGAUCAGUACCAGCGGCACCUGGCCACCUGCAGACUCCAGCAGGGGGGCCACUCCAGCCUUGGGGCCAUCAAGGAGAACGCGAUGCAGGAAAAGCGACACGCCUCAUUGCCCAUAGAAGUCUCAGAGAUCCCUCUAAACCUAAUUGCCCCUCCAUGUAGAAGAAGUUACCCCUGUCGGAAAUGGAAGUCUGCAUCUUUUGGACCGGACUCAGACGUUCCCAGCUCUGCCAUGACCCACAGACGCCACCAUCACUCUGUGGAAGGUGAUGCUCCAGGCAGCGAGGUGGCCGCCUCUGUGGACCCCAGCGGUGGCUACAGUUGCGUCCCAGUGACCCACAGUGGCGGGCUCGGCCCCGACCACCUGGACAGCCAGCUCUACGCGCACAUCUUGCUGCCCGGCCACCCGCGGCCACGUCGACCCAAGCUCCAGCACUCGCAGUCCAUCCUCCGCAAGCAGGCAGAGGAGGAGGCAAUCAAGCGCUCGCGCUCGCUGUCCGAGAGCUAUGAGCUCUCAUCAGACCUACAGGACAAGCAGGUGGAGAUGCUAGAGCGAAAAUAUGGUGGGCGUUUCAUAACCAGGCAUGCAGCCCGUACCAUCCAGACAGCCUUCCGCCAGUAUCAGAUGAACAAAAACUUUGAGCGUCUUAGAAGCUCUAUGUCUGAGAACCGUAUGUCCAGACGGAUCGUCCUAUCCAAUAUGAGAAUGCAGUUUUCCUUUGAAGGACCUGAAAAAGUCCACAGCUCCUACUUCGAAGGAAAGCAGGUCUCGCUAACAGAUGAUGGCACCAAAAUGGGUGCACUGGUGCAGUCAGAACAUGGUGGGGAGAUGGGGGUGCAGGCCAAGACACCCACGACACAGAGCGACUUCACAGAUGCUAUCACAGAACUAGAAGAUGCCUUCUCCAGACAGGUCAAAUCUCUAGCUGAGUCCAUAGAUGACGCUCUAAACUGUCGCAGUCUGCAUGGUGAUGACAGCCACUCUGAGCCAGGGAGAGGUCACCAGGAUAUGGAGAGGGAGGUGAGCUGCCAGAUGAAACCUUCCCACAGCGCCUCAGAUCACCGCAAACUGGAUGAGAUGACGGCGUCCUAUAGUGAUGUAACCCUUUACAUUGAUGAAGAGGAACUGUCGCCACCCCUGCCUCUGACUCAGUCUGUAGACCGGCCCUCCAGCACAGAAUCAGACUUGCGUCAGCGCUCCCUCAACUCCUCCCAGGAUUAUUGGUCUUUGGCUCAUAAAGAUGAUAAAGCGGACACGGACACCAGUUGCCGCAGUACACCUUCCCUGGAAUGCCAAGAACAGCGCUUGCGGGUAGACCACCUACCCUUACUGACCAUUGAGCCUCCCAGCGACAGCUCGGUGGAGCUGAGCGAUCGUUCUGACCGCAGCUCUUUGAAGAGACAGAAUGCUUACGACCGGAGCCUGAGCAACCAGCAGAGCAGCCCCAAACACAUUAGCCACAGUUUGCCACCCCGCGGGCCUUCCAGGGAAGAGGACGCUUCGCGUCAUCGACCACGACAACUGGAGGCCCAUCUGGCCAUCAACGGAACCGCGAACCGGCAAAGCAAGUCAGAGUCCGAUUUUUCUGAUGGCGACAACGAUAGUAUCAACAGCACAUCCAACUCCAAUGACACCAUCAACUGUAGUUCUGAGUCCUCCUCCAGAGACAGUCUGAGAGAGCACACACUCAGCAAGCAGACAUACCACAAAGAGACUCGAAACAGCUGGGACUCGCCUGCUUUCAGUAAUGACAUCAUCCGUAAGCGGCACUACCGCAUUGGCCUAAACCUCUUCAACAAGAAACCAGAAAAAGGCAUCCAGUAUCUGAUAGAGCGAAACUUUGUUCCCGACACUCCGGUGGGUGUGGCCCACUUCCUGCUUCAGAGAAAGGGCUUGAGUAGGCAGAUGAUUGGCGAGUUCCUGGGUAACAGACAGAAACAGUUCAACCGAGAUGUCCUUGACUGCGUGGUGGAUGAGAUGGACUUCUCAGCUAUGGAGCUGGACGAAGCGCUCAGGAGGUUCCAGGCUCACAUCAGAGUCCAGGGAGAAGCGCAGAAGGUUGAGCGGCUGAUAGAGGCCUACAGCCAACGCUACUGCAUCUGCAACCCUGGUGUGGUGCGACAGUUCAGGAACCCGGACACCAUCUUCAUCCUGGCCUUUGCCAUCAUCCUCCUCAACACGGACAUGUACAGCCCCAACGUCAAGCCUGAGCGGAAGAUGAAGCUGGAGGACUUUGUUAAGAACCUUCGAGGAGUGGAUGACGGGGAGGACAUCCCCCGAGAGAUGCUGGUUGGGAUAUAUGAGCGGAUUCGCAAGCGGGAGCUCAAGACUAAUGAAGACCAUGUGUCUCAGGUUCAAAAAGUGGAAAAACUCAUUGUUGGGAAAAAGCCAAUUGGCUCUUUACAUCAUGGUCUGGGCUGUGUGCUGUCCCUACCCCACCGGAGACUGGUCUGUUACUGCAGACUUUUUGAAGUUCCUGACCCCAACAAACCACAAAAGUUGGGCCUGCACCAACGGGAGAUCUUCCUCUUUAAUGACCUGCUAGUGGUAACUAAAAUUUUCCAGAAGAAGAAGAACUCGGUGACGUACAGCUUCCGGCAGUCCUUCUCACUUUAUGGCAUGCAAGUGCUGCUCAUCGAGAAUCAGUAUUAUCCCAAUGGCGUUCGUCUGACCUCGGCCGUUCCCGGAGCGGACAUCAAAGUCCUCAUCAACUUCAACGCGCCCAAUCCUCAGGACCGCAAAAAGUUUACGGAUGAUUUGCGAGAAUCAAUCGCUGAAGUCCAAGAGAUGGAGAAGUAUCGGAUAGAAUCUGAGCUCGAAAAACAGAAGGGGGUGGUGAGGCCCAGCAUGUCACAGUGCUCUGGGUUGAAGAAGGAAACGGGAAACGGCAAUCUGAGCCGAGCAAGCCUCGACGACAGCUACGCCAUCAGCGAAGGUUUGAAGAGGAGCGCCCUCAGCAGCUCCCUGCGUGACCUCUCAGAUGCAGGCAAGCGUGGGAGGCGCAGCAGUGCAGGAUCACUAGACAGCAAUAUGGAAGGGUCCAUCAUUAGCAGUCCUCACAUGCGGCGGAGAGCCCCCUCAAGCCGGGACUGCCCGUCCCGCCACAGUGGCCAGUCGCUGCCCAACUCCUCCUCGCUGCUCGGGACCUUGUUCGGCACCAGGCGCGUGAAGUCGCCCAGCCCCACCCCUCAGCCCCUGCACCCCACCCUCAUCUCGCACACCCCGCACCCCGGCAACUUGCACCACACGGCCCGGGUCGAGACGGACACGGCGGUCACUGUGCACCCGCACCACGCCCAAUUCUGCCACGUGACCCAGAACCCGCCGCCUUACCACCACCACCACCACUACCACCCGCCCGCCCACCUGCAGCACCCUCCGCACCAGUUCCAUCAGCCCCCGUCUCACGGCCAGCAGCCACCGUACCCGCCGCACACACCGCACGGCCACGGGAGCCAUCCGGCGCACUCCGCCCACCCUGCCCAUGGCCCCCACCACCACGGCCCACCACUGCCGUCCGCCCAGGCCUCCAGCAGCACCAAGCCCAAGCACAGCGGCAUCAGCACAGUGGUGUGAGGCGCAGGGGGGGAGGGGCUGACACUGAACUUUCAUUUCUUUCCUCCUUCCGGCUCUCUGCUGAUGAGACUGUUGCCCUGUGCAUCGCUGUUGUGGUGACGUGAAGCCAGACAAGAUCCCGUGUCUCCAUCAGCAUUUUCCCCUUACACUCAGCACUGGGACACGUCAUUCAAACCCAAACAAUUUUUUUUUUUUCUUCAGUUUUCCAUCUCAUUUCAGGUCAGAAGUCUUGUCUGCCCGCCUCGAACAGCAACAGACAACAAUGCAAGAGCAUGCACAAAGACCACAACUACUGUUCCUCCUCAGUAAAUCGGAGAACAUGAUCAAAUAUCUCACCUACUAGUAUUAUACCGAAAAACAAGUAAAUGGUUAACACGACUUUAUUGUCUCCAGAGUGAUUUUGUCUGGGGUCAGGGAGCUUUGGCUGAACAGAGACAGACAGACAGACAGAGAGAGGGUCCGCCUCAGCAGUAGCUGUACAAGUAUGUAAUGUAGCGGUAGCUCACAGUGCACUGUGAUAUCUCUGUUAGCAGUGAUAAUUGUGCCAAUUACUCAAGCAUUUACUAAUUUAGCCACAAAAAAAAAAUCGCUUUAUGUAUAUUGUGCAUAGUAUUUUGUAUAAUAAUAAUAAUAUCAGCUGUUCUAAUAAUUAUUGUUACAACAGAACAAAUGGCAUCAAUUACACCUCUCAGUAUUAUACUCGGACACAGGCGGCGUAGUUUCACUGUUGAGAAGUCAAACUCAUCCACUGCACCUCAUUGGUUCCGAGUCGUGUCUCCCGCUCUGGGAAACAGGACGCCACAGCGAGCCCGCUGAGCAAACUGGAUUUCCGCUGAAUGUCCGCCGUCCAGUACUGGCUGCUUGUCCACCCUCCAAUUUUAUUUUUUUAAACUAUUUUUCUAAGCGUCCAAUAAACAAUGCGAAAGAGUGCUCUAUAGUAUAUGUUCUAUAUCGCAGCCUGGUGGGAUUCUUCAAGUCCGUUCUGCAGGAAGAGGAGGAGUUUUUAUUCGUGGAUUUCGUGGGGAAAAGAAAACACUGUGCAGACAGUGGAGCGGGGAAACGGCACAACACAACUGUCCCAAGUGUCUCUCCUGAUGUGGGAGCUCUCAGCUGGCUGAGUGUACUCUGUCCGUCUUCAGUUGCCACUGGGCGUCUCCAGGGCGGCGUGUGCCGUUCACUCCCCAGAUCCGGACCUCUCCGCGGAGCCGCGCCGAUUGCCACAGUGCAGAGAUCAAUGAUUAUCACUCUGCGAUUGGUGGCAGCACUCUUUCAGGCUUCACUCGCCGCAAAAUGGCAGUUUUAUAUCAAUCAUCUGUCUGACAUAUUAUGGGCUGGGCUGGUCGUACCUACCGGGCUUCCUGUGCACAGUCUCCGAUGUGUGUGUGGGCCAGGGGGCUGGUGUGCUGGUGAGCGUCUAGUGAAUAUCAAUGGCAGAAGUUAGCCUGUAUCUGAUGAAAGACCAUGAGAUGGAUGUUCAUUUUCUUUUUUUUUUACUUGUGCAAUAUGUAUUUACUUUUUUUGCCUCUGAGCAAUUGCAACUGCUUUUUGUUCCAUUUUGUUUAGUUCUGUAAGUCGUUGCCCCCCCCCAGAGUCCUUUGUCAUUUCUUCCCCGAUGUAUCAGCGAAGUGCGAACUUUCCACAUUGGUUUUAAAAGGACUGAACGCUCCACGCGGAAAAAGAAUGUCAAACUGAUUAACUGCAUGUAACAAUGUAUUUUGAGGCUAUAUUGUCCAACUGUCGUGUAAUCCCAAACUAUAUCAGACUUACAGUUGGCGGUCGUUGAAAAAAAUGAAUGGUAGUGUAGUUUUGACUUCUUUGAUUACAGCCGAAGUCAACUAUGUAUUUGUGUCACUCUAGAGGAGAAUCCAAUCUGUGUCCUUUCCUGAUCCGCAUAGAAUAGUUUCAUGGAUCCUACUGAUAUGACAGUGGCGAGAGCGGGGCGUUGCUUUUAAGAGAAACGUUCUUGCUAAUUGACCGACAGCUAUAUAACAAAUUGAACUCUCUCUAUCUUCAUAUUUGUCAUCUGUGUCUUGUCAAUGGCUCACACAUUACUGUUGUCAAGUGAUAUCCAGUAGAUCGGUAUUCUUAGAGGCCUGCGUCUUUACCCCAGGGGGUUUGAGCUACCACCUUCUAAUAACCCGUUACAGUGAGUAAAAAAGUUGUCACUAAGUUGAUUAAUUCAUCAGUUAACCUAAUUCCCUGUCAACCUUAUUAAUGGUUAAUAGAUCAGCGUCGAUUGGCAAUACCCAUACUGAAAAUUUUGCUUUUGAGACCAGGCAGUCUUCGGGAUGACCUUAAAGCUACAGUGUGUAAUAUUUAGGAGAACUUAUUCACAGAAAUUGAAUAUAUUGUCUUUAACUAUGUGUUCAUAUAUGUAUAAUCACCUGCAAAAAAGAACUGAUGUUUUUUCGUCAACUUUAAAUGAGUUAAAUGUAGUUAUAUGAGGUGGACCCGACCUCCCUGUAAGACGCCAUGUUUGCUGCGUCGCGUUGAAUACGGCUGCACAGAAAGGUCACGAGUACGUCGCAUUUGCAUGGAAUUUUCAGACGCUGGCGGAAAAACGGAAAUGGAAUAAAGUCACCAUAAAGUGUCCCUGUCGGUUGCAACUUUACCACCAAAUGCCGCAGAAUAAAGGACACAUUGGGGCUUUAAGAGCUGGUGAAGGAAAACCCCCCCAUGUGUCAUGGCCGACAGGGUUUCCCCACGUUUCUCACUGACAGUCCUCGACUAACUAAACCAAUCGCAACACGAGAUGCUCGAGGGUCUGAAAGCAGUGUCAUACACCUGCUAAAAGAUUACUGGUUUAUACAGCAUUUGUGUUUACUUUCCAUUAAUGAAACCAUUGGUAACAAUCUUAUCAGUUCUUUAUAAAUGGUUUCUCGUUAGAAUCGACCCCGGCCCUUUGCUGCGUAUCUUCCCCCACUCUCCCCCUUUCACACUGAAUACUGUACUAUUAUUGAAGGCUUAAAAAUGCCCCCUAUUCUUUUCUUUUUUUUUUACUUAAUGUUCUGUAGGUUACAGUAUAUCUAACCUUUGACUCAGAUCUGUAAAAUGUGCCCCUUUUUGCUGGAUCUAUUUCAGUGCGGUCAGGUAAGUGCCAAUAUGGCAUCGUCAAUUAGGGACCAAAAUUGAAUCGACCAACCGCACCCCGACAUUUGACUAAUCGGAAAUGUUCUCAUCAGACCGGCGUCUGAUUAUUGCUGACUAGUGUUAAGACAAUAGCCGAGAAGGCACCUAGCUUUACUAAAUAUUAAUAGCCUGAAUGAUCUAAUCAAAGCGUUCUCAGUCGCGACCCUCCAGUUCCCUCGGAAGACUGAUCUAUUGUAAAAAACCUGUCCACAUUCUGUGUGAGGUGCUCUGUUGCAUGCCAUUGAUGCCUACCAUUUCUUUUUGUCUUUUCCUUUCCUUUCUAUUUCUUUCCCUUUUUUUAUUGUUCCAUUGGACAGCGGGCUUGACUAGACCCUAAACUUUUUAAUGUAGUUUUGAUUUCUCUGACGGAUGCUUGUUUACAUUUAGUUCCGGGCCUGCUAGUAUGUCUUUUCGUUGAAAGUCGUGUCAUCCCACUCCGCCAUGCAUCUCACCUCUGUUUCCACUGUACAGUAUAGAGACGUGGCGUUAAGCUGCUGAGUGUAAAUAGCAAAUCCAUCUUGGGGAAAUCGAAUGUAACGUGAUGAAGCCAAGAGGGAUUGCAAGGGAGGAAACAUUUUAAGGGUGGGUUAAGAACGAGAAAACAUGUAAAUACUCUGUAAAUUAUUAUCAUUAUUAUUGUUAUUACUACUACUCAAUGUCUGCAGUUACAUUGAAGGUGCAUUCCUGCUCCCCUCUGAUAUUUACAUAAUCAUCAAACUGCUUCUCUCUGCCUCCGACAGAACUAAAUUAUCAUAGGAUCUAGAGAUGAACACCAAACUGUUACACAGUCAACGUUACGACACUUUUCCCCCGUCCUCUCACGCUCACAGCCCACUUUUCAAGUCAAAGGGAAGGGAGGAGUGCUCUUAUUUUAUUAUGCAUUCUGUUCCUAAGUAGAAACAAGAACCCUAUUGAUGUAAAACUAGUACUGUGACGAUGUUGAGAACGCAAAAUAAAAUGAUAUACUGUCAAACCUGA